CAUGUUUCUAUAAAAGCAUCUGUCCCCCAGCAUCCCAGAUGAGGCAACAGAGCUGUGAUUGGAUGUCACCAUGGGCCCACAGUCGUCCCCUAGGGAAGCCAUAAAAGCCAUGGGCACCUGCCCACCUCGGGGCACAGAGACACCGCUGCCUCAGCCACCCCCAGGAGUGAGCAGCACCAGCCCAUCUGGGCCUAAGACCACCUGGGAGGAGGUUGGAGAAUCCUGUCUUCCAAGGACACACGAGCCAGAGUUUCCGCUCAGUCUAGACCACAGCAUGCCCGGGGCCAAGCAAGAGAGCGUGUUACAGGCCACGACCAGCUGGUGAUGGACUGCGACCCUGGGACUGUGGAAUGCGCUGGAAUAUAGAUUGGCCGUGAUCAUUGACAUUUUGCAGGAGACACAGAUUUUUACCAACGGUUGUACCAGUGCUAAGCAGACAAGCCACGGGAUAUCCUGGCCUCCUGCUUCUCAGUCUGGUGCGUCCCCCUCUGAACCUUGACAUUCAAGACUGUAGCAGUGUCUUUUGGUGGUUGAAUUGGAAAAUAUGCAUUUCUGGAGAAACUUUGUGGUUAUUAGACCAAGGCAACCACCAAGUAUACCUCUCCUACAUUUUCAUGUUCAGUUCAAGAUCUUGAUCUUGAAUCCUCAUGAGCUUUAGCUAGUCUAUGACUGCAUUGCCAUAGACAUUCUUCUGAUGCCCACCACACUCUGUGCUUGGAACCUUCCAGAGGAGAAUGGACAAGUUUCCUUGGUUCCUUGUAGCUUCCCGGGGAAGGUGCUCCUGUGGCCAGAAGGGAGGAGGAAAGUGAAAAUCCUCAAAGGAGCAGGGAGAGAAGGGCAUUCUUGGGACUCCAGAGAUGGCACAGGGCUCCCUGUGGGUGGCACUCAGUGCAGGCUAUCAGAUGACAUGUCACACAUUAGGAUUGGCUUCCUAUGUGCGUGUGGCCAUUCUGUGUAAGCUGAGGGCACUUGUCACAGGGUAUACAGGUGUGUGUGCGUGUGUGUAUUUAGAGUCUGAAUUCCACGUGGAUCAGGGAAGGAGGGGUCUCUGAAAGCUUGCUAAGUGCCCACUCUGUGCCCAGCCCUGACCUGGGACCAGCAGGGGCUGCACAGGAAGGAAGGUCACAGCCUGAGGAGACGUUUCUAAGACUGAGAGCCAUUCAGAGACUCUGAGGUCACUGUGCCAGCUUAGGGGUCUGGGCCUUGAGCUGCAGGCUCACAGAAGGGGAGCUCCCUGGGGUGGCCUCAUCAAGGCUGGAGAAGGAUGCUGGCCCUGAUUCCUCCCCACUGAGUGCUCGCCUGGACCUGCAAGGAAUUUCUGAGCCCAGCUGGCCUUGUGCUUUUGGGGGUGUGACGGGAGGGGCGGCUCAGGUCUGGGGCGCUGUGGGCGAGUAGGGGUCUCACCCCUGGAAGUAUCUGUGGCAUCUGUGGCACAGCUGGGAUGGGUAGAAGGGUGCAUGGUUCUGGUGGGGGGGAGCGGGUCUCAGCCGGUCCCCAUCCCCGGUGGCUGUGCUCCCUCUGUGCCCUUCAUUUUCUGACCAGCCCUAGGAGCAGAACCUAAAGAAACUGAACAAGGAAGCAGCAGGCACAAAGAAAAGCAGAAGUGGAAACCUUGGAGACUUGACCCUCCUCCUUGAAGGGGCCUGAAGCCGCCUGGCACUGCCGUGGGUGACGUCUGUGCGGAGAAGAUGAGGUGGUCGGACCAGGCCGUGUGGCUGCCGUUGGCUCUGCUGCUUCUCUGGGUCCCAGGCUGCUCCUCUAUAAGUGGCCCCACCUCCAUGACGGGAACCUUGGGGAGUUCCCUGAGCGUGCAGUGUUCAUAUGAAGAGCAAUUAAGAGAACAUUUCAAAUACUGGUGCAAAAAGCCAUGUUUUUGGAAAAUUGUGAAGACCAAACGGUCAAGCAAAGAAGUGAGGGACGGCCGCGUAUCCAUCAGGGACUAUCCUGCAAACCUCACCUUCAUAGUGACCUUGGAGAACCUCACAGAGGAUGAUGCAGGAACAUAUCGAUGUGGGAUCGAUACGUCCUGGUUAGGAGGAUAUUUGCAAGACCCCGCCGUCCACAUUGUGGUGUCUGUGAUCCCAGCAACAACGUCCGCUCCACCCGCAAACAUCACUGUAACCCAGAUCUCAACAAUCACAGCUGGAAUCACGACCACGCCGUCCUCAUCCUCACCCACUGUCCCCAUCACCAUGGGAGCCACCCACAGUGCAAGCAGCCAAGAGGAGUUCCAGCAAAGCCAGGGCGUGGGGCUCCAAGUACUCCUUUCCUUGUUGGCGCUUCUGCUGCUUCUGCUGGGGGGAAGCUUGUUCCUGGCCUGGAGGAUAGUUCGCAAGCGGGUCAAAGCUGGUGAGAAUCCAAAGCCACUCCGGACCCAUAGUCAGAAUACUCUGCAAGGUGAGCUCUAUUAUGCUAAUCUGGAGCUUCAGACAAGGACGCUUCAGGGAGAGCCCGUGCAGCCGAGACAGGAAGAGGUAGAAUACAGCACUGUGGUUGGUUGGAGCGGGGAGCAAAUCACAGCACACCAAGGGCUCACAGCAGGUGCACAUCACCAAAUGAGACAUCGGAAGACACAUCCAAAAGUCCUCCACUUCCUGCAUAAACUUGAGGGCCAGAUGUCAGAUGACAUCUUGUGCCGUCUCUGGCUGCUCUGUCUGAAGGGAUAAUCACCAGUAGAUGAGCAGGGAUGUCACUGAGGCUCAAUUAGGUAUCUCUGACAAAGGAUCAGACUAAACUCUACCACCAUAUACUGGGGACCUCCUAACUGGGGACUCUGGUCUGUGCCUCAUAGAAUUUCGGAUUCUUCCUGCUCCCAGGCCCACACCAGCAAUGCCCCAUCUUUCUUCUGCUGAUGUCAGGUGAGGAUGCCCUGAGGACAUAUCCUUCCUGGGAACAUGGAGGAGAGCUGAGCUAGCUUAAAGGGCCUUAGCACUGAAAGGGCAGUUGUUCCCUCAGAAAUCUGGAAAAAUUUCAGAGAGAAAUUAGCAGCUGAAUAAAGUAUUAAUAGUUGUUGUUACCAGGGCCACAAUCACCUGGGUUUAUCCUUAAAAGUGGGAAAGAGAGGGGGCACCUGGGUGGCUCAGGUGGUUAAGCAUCCGACUUUGGCUCAGGUCAUGAUCUUGUGGCCCCCGAGUUCAAGCUCCACAUCGGGCUCUGUGCUGACAGCUCAGAACCUGGAGCUUGCUUUGGAUUCUGUGUUCCCUCUCUCUCUGCCUCUCCCCCACUCAUGCUCUGUCUCGCUCUGUCUCUCAAAAAUAAAUAAAUGUUUAAAAAAAAAAAAGCAGGAGAGGAUGGCUAAGGCAAGACUUGAGCUGUGAGAAGCUUGUGCCCUCGAGGAGCCUUCUGUUUGCAAAAAAGGGGAGUUGCUAUUGCCCAGGGGGAAACUGAUUUGGGAAACCCAGGAGAGGAGGAAAGAGUCACAUUCCCAAAGCUCAGCUCACAGAGAGCCCGAGGCCUUGAGAGGUGGGUGUGAGAGCAGGGAGUUUGUCUUGUUUACAUAAACCAAGGCACAGGGAUCCAAGAAGAUACCAGACAGGCCAGAGAAUAGAGUGGGUUCUAGGAAGGUUUCUGUGGCAGACAUCUGGAUGGCCUCCUACACAACUUCUGUUCCCCCAAGAUGGAGCCACCAUCUUGUCUGGCUGUCCCCCCCUUCCCCAUGUGAAUGAGUGAUCGGUUCAAGGUGUCACCUUUGUCUCAACCGGCCAAUGAGAUGUCAUGGGAGAGCUGGUGGUCAGGGCUCCUGGAAGGUUUCUCAGAGCGGUCACCCGAUUUUCUUUCCCAGAAGCCCUGAGUCUGGGUGUGAUCACUGUUUACUUCACACUCUCUGGGGGAGAACAGGCCACACGAUGAAGGCAAUGCUGAGACCAUGAUGCAAAGAGUAGGAAGCAACUUGCAUCAGCCAACUCCAAGGGCAUCCCCAAAGGCCACACAAAGCAACUAAAACUCCAAAAUGAAUAGUUACCAGUGAAACCAGAGAGGAAGCUUGUGGCUACUCCCGCCAAGUGCUCUUACAGGGAGGUCAGUGUUCUGGAAUGAACUCAGAGUCUGGGGCACAGUAGACUCAGGCCACUGAAAGGGAGGGGCUGUACUUAAGACACCAUUUAAGACCAGAAUCCCUAAAGGGUCUGUGUCCUCAGGAAAAUAGUAGAUUAGGAAUUACCUGCUUGUGAACAAAGGGAAAUGAUUCAAACAGUAAUAGUAAUAAUAAUUAAUAAUAACUAUAACCUGCUUUUAUUGCAGCUUCAAGGAGAAAACGGUAUGAGCAAUCAUGAUAAUAUGAAUAGCAUCCUUUGAGAAUUGUAAGCAUGAGGCUGGGAUUCAAAUUUACCCUUCCCACACGUAGGGAAACCCAAAGCAGGAAAACUUAAAUUAAAAUGAUACCCAGCAGAAGCAAACAUAAAUACUUCCCGGAGGGAAGCCAUCCUCAAUCCACAUUUGGCCACAUCAAAUUUAGCCAAAUGCAAGCUCCCACUAUAAUAUUAUUGAGCACAGAAGGAAACAAGCCACCAUAAAAGUCAGUAGAACAAACUAUAGGUUUAAUUCUCUGGAGACUUCUGUUGUUGAGAUGAUCUGAUGAAGAAUAUAAAGUCUGUUGGAUGGGCUUAACAAAAGAAAACAUUAAAGGGACGCCUGGGUGGUUCAGUCGGUUGAGCGUCCAACUUCAGUUCAGGUCAUGAUCUCACGGUCUGUGAGUUUGAGCCCCGCGUCGGCUCUGUGCUGAUAGCUCAGAGCCUGGAGCCUGCUUCAGAUUUUCUGUCUCCUUCUCUCUCUGCCUCUCCCCUGCUUGUCUUCUGUCUCUCAAAAAUGAAUAAAUGUCAAAAAAAAUUUUUUUAAAAACAUACUGGGGGCGCCUGGGUGGGUCAUUCGGUUAGGCAUCCAACUUUGGCUCAGGUCAUGAUCUCAGGGCUUGUGGGUUCGAGCCCCAUGUGGAGCUCUGUGCUGACAGUUCAGAGCCUGGAGCCUGCUUCGGAUUCUGUGUCCCUCUCACUCAGUCCCUCACCUGCUCAUGCCCUGUCUGUCUCUCUCUAAGAAUAAGUAAAACAUUAAAAAAUUAAUUAAUUAAUUAAUUAAAAAAAAAAAAACCCAUAACGAUCAUGCUGAACAGCAGAUUUGUGACCGAAGGGGACAUUGUGAUCUGGACAGGUCCCCCAGAAGGCAGGCAGAGACCAGCAGAUGACACACAAGUGAGGCUAUGAGGUACAGAAGCCAGAACGGAAGAUCUACUAUGCGCCUGCUCCAGUGGUUCUCCACCGGGAGGAUUUUGCCCUCAGAGAACAUUUGACAAUGAUGUUGGGAGGCAAUUUUUUUUAAUGCUUAUUUCUUUUUGAGAGAGGGAGAGAGAGAGAGAGAGAGAGAGAGAGAGAGACAGAAUAUGAGCAGGGAGGGGCAGAGAGAAGAAGACAGAGAACCCCAAGCAGGCUCCUCAUGGCAACGCAGAUCCUGAUGGAGGGCUUGAAUUCACGGACUUCGAGAUCAUGACCUGAGCUGAGAUCAAGAGUUGGACACUUAACCACCUGAGCCACCCAGGUGCUUCCAUUUGAGAACUUUUUAAAAAAAGCUUCAUUGACGUGUAAUUUAUAGUAAAAUGAAAAUCCCUAACUGUAAGUACGCAGUUGGACAAGUUUUAGUAAAUGGAUAUAACUGUGAAACUACUACCACGCUCAUAAGGUGGAAAUCUUCCAUCACUCUGGAAAGUUCCCUCGUGCCCUUUUGCAGUCAGUCCACACCCCACCUUCAGUCUCUGGCAACCACUGAGCUGCUUUAAAAAAUUAUAGAUUUUUUUGUCUUUUUUUAUGUGGGAUUCACCUAAAAUGUGAAUUUUAUUUUAUUUCUUUAUUCUUUAAUUAGUUAAUUAUUUAAUUUACACCCAAGUUAGUUAGCAUAUAGUGCAUCAAUGAUUUCAGGAGUAGAUUCCUUAAUAUCCCUUACGCAUUUAGCCCAUCCCCCCUCCCAAAACUCCUCCAGCAACCCUCUGUUUGGUCUCUAUAUUUAAGAGUCUCUUCUGUUUUGUUCCCUUCCCUGUUUUUAUAUUAUUUUUGCUUCCCUUCCCUUAUGUUCAUCUGUCUUGUAUCUUAAAUUCUUCAUAUGAGUGAAGUCAUAUAUUUGUCUUUCACUGACUGACUAAUUUCACUAGCAUAAUACCCUCCAGUUCCAUCCACAUAGUUGUAAAUGGCAAGAUUUCAUUUUGAUUGCUGAGUAAUACUCCAUUGUAUAUAUAUAUACCACAUCUUCUUUAUUCAUUCAUCCAUUGAUGGACAUUUGGGCUCUUUCUGUUCUUUGGCUAUUGUUGAUAGUGCUGCUAUAAACAUGGGGGUGCAUGUGUCCCUUUGAAACAGCACACCUGUAUCCCGUGGAUAAAAGCCUAGUAGUGCAAUUGCUGGGUCGUAGGGUAGUUCUAUUUUUAGUUUUUUGAGGAACCUCCAUACUGUUUUCCAGAGUGGCUAUACCAGUUUGCAUUCCCACCAGCAGGGCAAAAGAGAUCCUCUUUCUCCACAUCCUCGCCAACGUCCGUUGUUGCCUGAGUUGUUAAUGUUAGCCAUUCUGACAGGUGUGAGGUGGUAUCUCAUUGUGGUUUUGAUUUGUAUUUCCCUGAUUUUGAGUGAUGUUGAGCAUUGUUUCAUGUGUCGGUUGGCCAUCUAGAUGUCUUCUUUGGAGAAGUGUCUAUUCGUGUCUUUUGCCCCUUUCUUCACUGGAUUAUUUGGUUUUUGGGUGUUGAGUUUGAUAAGUUCUUUAUAGAUUUUGGAGACUAACCUUUUAUCUGAUAUGUCAUUUGCAAAUAUCAUCUCACAUUCUGUUGGUUGCCUUUUAGUUUUGCUGAUUGUUUCCUUCACUGUGCAGAAGAGUUUUAUUUUGAUGAGGUUCCAAUAGUUCAGUUUUGCUUUUGUUUCCCUUGACUCUGGAGACGUGUUGAAUAAGAAGUUGCUGUGGCUGAGGUCAAAGAGGUUUUUGCCUGCUUUCUCCUCUAGGAUUUUGAUGGCUUCCUGUCUUACAUUAGGUCUUUCAUCCAUUUUGAGUUAAUUUUGUGGACGGUGUAAGAAAGUGGCCCAGGUUCAUUUUUCUGCAUGUUGCCAUCCAGUUUUCCCAGCACCAUUUGCUGAAGAGACUGUCUUCAUUCCAUUGGAUAUUCUUUCCUGUUUUGUCAAAGAUCAGUUGGCCAUACAUUUGUGGGUCAAUUUCUGGGUUCUGUAAUCUGUUCCAUUGAUCUGAGUGUCUGUUUUUGUGCCAGUACCAUACUGUCUUGAUGAUUACAGCUUUGUAAUACAGCUUGAAGUCCAGGAUUGCGAUGCCUCCUGCUUUGGUUUUCUUUUUCAAGAUGGCUUUGGCUAUGCGGGGUCUUUUCUGGUUCUGAAUUUUAUUUUAUUUUUUUAAGUGUUUAUUUAUUCAUUUUGAGAGAUAGAGAGCACAAGCAGGGGAGGGACAGAGAGAGAGGGAGAAAGAGAAUCCCAAGCAGGUUCCAUGCUGUCAGCACAGAGCCCAAUGUGGGGCUCAAUUCCACAAACAUUGAGAUCAUAAUUUGAGCUGAAAUCAAGAGUCAGAUGCCUAACUGACUGAGCCACCCAGGUGCCCUAAGAUGUGAAUUUUAGAUGAAACACACACAAAAUAAAUUGAACCAUUUUCAUGUGGCAUUUAGUACAUUCACAAUGUCAUGCAAUCACCACAUUGAUUUUGUUCCAAAAUACUUUCAUCACGGCAAAAGAAACCCCAUACAAUGGUCACUCCCCAUCCCCCUGUACCCCAGCCCUGGGGAACCACCAGUCUGCUUUCUGUCUCUAUUACUGCUUCUUUUUUGCCUCUCCCAGAAUUGUAUCUGAAGGGAAUCAUGUAGACUUUGUCUUCUGCACCUGGCUUCUCUCACUUAGCAUGACCCAUCCCUGCUCUAGAACAUCUGGUAGGUUGUUUCUUUAAAAACAUUUUUUUAACAUUUAUUUAUUUUUGAGAAACAGAGAGAGAAAGAGCAGGGGAGGGGCAGAGAGAGAGGGGAGAGAGGAUCCCAAGCAGGCUGUGGGAUGUGAGUGCAGAGCCCGAUGCAGGGCUUGAACUCAGGAACCGUGAGAUCAUGACCUGAGCCGAAAUCAAGAGUUGCUUAACCAACUGAGCCACCCUGGUGCCCCAGUUGUGGUUUUUUUUCAUUGCUGAGCAAGACUUGUUUAUCCUCUUGCCAGGUGAGAGGUGUGUGGCCAGGUUUCCUUGGGAUCUGUUUCCUCUGGAGUCCCCCAUGGUGUCCCCUGCAGUGUUUCUUGCCUGCUUAGUGCACAAUACCGGUGUGCAGAGUGUCUGAAUGAGAUGGAGAGAGUCCAAAUGUGCCAGAAAGGAGAUGGUACACAAGAGGACUGGUGACCGCAUGUGGCUUCCGGGUCACCCUCCACCAGGCUCUGACUGGGACGACGUCGGGGCCAGGACCAAGGGAUGGACCAGAGAUUGGCUGAGGGGCCCAGGCCCAGCUUCCCAGGAGGGGUGCCAGCAGUGGCUCAGGGAGCUUCCCUUAUCUGCAGCAUCUAUCACAUCACUCUGGGUUGAUGGUGGGGCAAGUCUGGAUUUGCCCCAGGGGCUAGGUUUCUUGUUCUGUUCUUUUUAAUUUAUUUUUUAUUUUAUUUCACUUUUAAUUAUUUUUAAAUGUUUAUUUAUUUUUGAGAGAGAGAGAGAGACAGACAGACAGAGUGUGAGCAGGGGAGGGGCAGAGAGAGAGGGAGACACAGAAUCCAAAGCAGGCUCCAGGCUCCGAGCUGUGAGCAAGGAGCCUGAUGCGGGGCUCCAACCCAUGAACUGUAAGAUCAUGACCUGAGCUAAAGUCGGACGCUGAACCGACUGAGCCACCCAGGCUCCCCUCUUGUCCCCUUCUUGUUGCUACCUGCAGAGGCGGAUUACAUAAAAUUCAAGUUCCCAGUUCUGGGUGUGAACUCAGGUGGCUCACUCUGGGCUGGCACCACUGUGUACUUCCACCUGAGGGAUCUAGGAGCUUGUCUUUCACUUCAGCUCUGUUGCCACCCAGCUGUGUCUAGUGAGUCAUCCAAACCGUUAAUUCCUUCUUAAAAAGGAAGUGGCUCUUUCAGUAAAACCCAGGUUUAAACCACAUAGUGAAUUCCCAGGAAUUCAGCUUUAUCUUGGGGACCAACUUAGCACAGAAGAAUUUAUUUAAUUUCAUGUUUUUCAGAAGAAUUUUUUUUAGUUUUAUUUUUUAAAAUUUACAUCCAAGUUAGUUAGCAUAUGGUGCAACAAUGAUUUCAGGAGUAGAUUCCUUAACGCCCCUUACCCAUUUAGCCCCUCCCCCCUCCCACAACCCCUCCAGCAACCUUCAGUUUGUUCUCCAUAUUUAUGAGUCUCUUCUGUUUUGUCCCCCUCCCUGUUCUUAUAUUAUUUUUGUUUCCCUUCCCUUAUGUUCAUCUGUUCUGUCUCUUAAAGUCCUCAUAGGAGUGAAGUCAUGAUUUUUGUCUUUCUCUGACUAAUUUCUCUUAGCAUAAUACCCUUCAGUUCCAUCCAUGUAGUUGCAAAUGGAAAGAUUUCAUUCUUUUUGAUUGCCGAGUAAUACUCCAUUGUGUGUGUGUGUGUGUGUGUGUGUGUGUAUACACCACAUCUUCUUUAUCUAUUCAUCCCUUGAUGGACAUUUGGGCCCUUUCCAUACUUUCGUUAUUGAUAGUGCUGCCAUAAACAUGGGGGUGUAUGUGUCCCUCUGAACUAGCACACUGUAUCCCAUGGAUAAAGGCCUAGUAGUGCAAUUGCUGGGUCGUAGGGUAGUUCUAUUUUUAGUUUUUUGAGGAACAUCCAUACUGUUUUCCAGAGUGGCUGCACCAGCUUGCAUUCCCAAGAAGAAUUUUUUUUUAAUGUACUUUGCUUUACCUGCCAAACCAGAUAAACUCUUUUAUGAGUCCCUUUCCAGGUCCUUUCUGGUCUGCUUUCAGGUAAUUUAGUGUUACUUUGUGUCCUCUGUGAGCAGCUAGUGUCCUGAGGGAGCUGUCCCAUCGCCCAGAACUUCUGGGUCUCCUCUCUUAUCUGCCUGGAAAGAUGUCUCAAAGAGCCUGAGUGGUCCUGGUUUCUCACUGACUUCCCCAAGCACUUCCAAGAGUGGACUGAGAGCUCUGAGCUAACGCUUGGCCUGCAGGGUGUUCUUUAAUCCCCGUGGUCAUGAUUGCUUUGUGAGACAGGAUCUGUGCUCAUCCCCAUUUUCUAGGUGAGGAAAUUGAUGGUUAGUGAAAGCAAAAGGUCCGAGAUGGCAGGCAAGAAAACAACAGAGCUGGGGCGUGAACUCAGGUCUGUCCAGUUUCAGAUGCCAUCAUGUUAACCAUCACCCUAUGGUGUCUCCCUCCCAACUUCCUGUCUUCGGGUAUCUGUUAUUCAUUGUGCCUGAACUAGAGUUGUCUUCCUUCCCUCUUAUCCUGGUGGACAUUUCUUGGUAACUUGUUAAAACCUGUUGGUAAGCUUCUGGUUCAUUCUAAAUGCAGCCUCCUCUAGCUUCUUAUUUUCUUGUUGCAAGUGGCAGACACGGUGAGUGGGUAUACCAGAUGACUGGCUGAUGACGCGGCUAGUGUUUCUGGUAUCCUAGAUGAUGUGCUGAGGGUUCCAGUGACAGAAGCUUUGGGAAUCAGAUGUGGUCUGUGUCACCCCUCAGAGCUCCUCAAAGGUGGAGGGAGACCCAGGAGCCUGGGGGCAAGUGAGGCUAGGUCCCACUCCAGAGGAGGGUCAGGGUCAGCCAGAGGAAGGAGGGGCGGCCUCCAUAGUUGCUUUAGAAUUUGAGACUUACUGGGGCUCUUGGGUGUUUGACUCUCAGUUUCGGUUCAGGUCAUGAUCUCACAGUUUCGAGGGUUCGAGCCCCAUGUCAGGCUCUGUGCUGGCAACACAGAGCCUGCUUGGGACCCUCUCUUUCUCCCUCUCUCUGCCCCUCCCCCACUCAUGCUGUCUCUGUCUCUCUCAAAAUAAAUAAAUAAAUAAAUAAAUAAAUAUCGAAAACAAAAGAGAAUAAAACUGCUAUAAAAAUCCAUGAGCAUUCCCGCCAGCAAUGAACGAGGGUUCCUAUAGCUCCACACCAUCACCAGCAUUUAGUGUUGUGGAUGUUUUGGAUUUUGGCUAUUCUAGUAGGUGGGUAGUAGUAUCUCAUUACUGUUUGAAUCCCAAGCUGUGCUUUCUAAAUCAUCUCCAAUGGUGGCUGCCAGAGGAGAACCCAUGAUUUACCUUGUCACCUGAAACCUUUUUAUUCAGUAAUAAAAGGGGGGCAAUUGAUAUGAGGUCAGGUUCUUGCAUUUCAAGCCAAAUGUACAGGAGGAGACAUCCGGGGGGGGCUCCCUUCAUUCAUACAAUAGUCAAUGUGCCCUGAAAACGGUGCCUGGAGUCAGUAGGUAAUUUAGUUGCAUUUGUUGAAUGUAUGAAUGAAUUAAUGAAUGAGUGAAUGAGUGGAUGAAUAAAUGAGGGCGUGAGGAUCAGACCUGGCCCCAGACCCAUGUUUUCAGCGGGAACAGUAGCCUUGGCCCUCAUUCCCCCAAAGUCAUCUUUGCAGCUCCCCACUGCACAGUGGUCCCAUCUCUCGGGGACUGAGGCUGACCUCCACCCUCAGAACACCUUCUGUCCUGGCCAUGAUGAGUUGGCCCCAGUCUUGGGGCUGCACAGAUUCAAGGGUGAUUCAUGAACUCCGUUGGAGCUGGCAGAGCAGGACGUGGGCAGGGGGCUGUGGGUCUGAUGUUCCUAAGCUAAGAAAAGAUUUGAAGAAAGAUGACCAGCAAAUUAGGACCUGGAGUGGAGGAAUUCAGAGUCCCCUUCCAGCAAGAUGAGAUGAGACAGUGGUGCCCAGAGGAAGCCCAGCCCCCAGGCGUCUUCGCUGUUAGCCUCCACGGCAUGGGUUUAGGAGGAGCCCAGGAGAGCUGUUGGGGCUGAAUCUGGACCCCAUUCUGGGUGGAGACUUGACUCCCAGACAGCCAGGCUGGGGCCCAGGGGGCACAUAAGGAGACCAGCCAUGAGGAUCUGGAAGCCCAAAGCAGGUUGAACAAGCCAGACCGGUGAGCUGUAGGGAGAGAUGCUUCAGAGGCCAGGCAGGGAAAGUGCUAGAAACUUCAUCCUUUAGCCUCAUUGGUUAAGAAAAUAUCAUUCAGGGGGUACCUGGGUGGCUCAGUCGGUUAAGCAUCUGACUUUGACUCAGGUCAUGAUCUCAUGGUUCGUGAGUUCGAGCUCCACGUCAGGCUCUGUGCUGACAGCUCAGAGCUUGGAGCCUGUUUCGGAUUCUCUGUCUCCCUCUCUCUCUGUCCCUCCCUUGCUUGUGCAAUGUCUCUCUCUCUCUCUCUCUCUCUCUCUCAAAAAUAAAUAAGCAUUGAAAAAUACUGGGAAAAAAAGGAAGAAAAGAAAACACCAUUCAGGACAUAUCUGGCAUCAAACAGAACAAACCCAAUGCCCCAGGUGCUGGCAGGGCCCUUCCCACUGUGGUGUCCUUUCUGGGUGGGGCUGCCACAGCUUCUCCUGCCCUGACCAGCUUCACCCUGUUCUUGGUGAACUUCCUCUGUGGUUGCAAAGCUCCUCAGAAGUACAGACCCUCCAGAGAGAGAGAGAGAGAAAAAAAAAAAAAAAGAAGUAAGGACCCACGAGAAGGAGACUCAUGGGGAAGGAGAAGUUGUGUUUUUCUUUUUUUUUCUAACAUACUUUUAAAAUAUAGAUACAUAUAUUGUUUUUUUUUAAUUUUGUUAAAGUUUAUUUAUUUUUGAGAGGCAGAGAGAGAAUGAGACACAGAAUCCGAAGCAGCCUCCAGGCGCUGAGCUGUUAGCACAGAGCCUCACACGGGGUUCGAACUCACGAUUCCCAAGAUCAUGACCCGAGCCAAAGUCAGAUGCCUAACCAGACUGAGCCACCCAGGUGCCUCAAAAUAUAUACAUUGUUAAGUUUAUUUUUUAUUCUGAGAGAGAGAGGGAGAGGGAGAGGCAGAGAGAGAGAGAAGAGAGAGAGAGAGAGAGAGAGAGAGAGAGAGAAUCCCAAGCAACUCCACAAUGCCAGCAGAGACUGAUGCAGGGCUCAAACCCACAAACCAUGAGAUCAUGAGCUGAGCCAAAAUCAAGAGUCAGGCUCUGAACUGACUGAGCCCCCUAGGCGCCCCAGCCGUGUUUCCUUCUUAGAAGAGCAAUGUGUCCCUGUGCUCUCCACUUCUCUGUCUCCGCUAACUCUGGGUUACAACACGUGCUAAAGCGAACACAUGAGGAACUGUGCCAGUCUAGAGCUGUUUAAGGGCAUGGGGGCCUUGGCACCCGGCUCCUAGUGGAAACACAUUUGCUGGAAAAUGCUCCCUGGCCCCAGUACCUAAUUUAUAAUUUCUGUCUUUCUCUGUACCCUGGACAGUGGGUGUAAGAGACAAGUUUUGCUUGACAGUUUUCAUGGGAACCAAAGGGGUUCCCAGAAAUGUGUGUGUGUGUGUGUGUGUGUGUGUGGUGGGGGGGAGGUGUUCAGGACAGACAACAGAUGCCUACUCCAAUGCAUUCUCUUGGAUGAAGUCCUGAGAGUAGCAAUCCAACCACAGAACCUUCACAAAGACAUAGAGGUUGUUGAAUAUCAACAGUAAGACACUAUGCGAAAAGCUGGCAUCAGGGCAGCAACUGUCAGUAGACUUGUACCCUUUUGGGCCAGCUGGCCUUGCCCCCCAAGAGCUGGUUGUCACCUGAAUCUGGUUGCAUCUUGAGGAGGCUGGAUCCAGGGAAGUUUUCACAAAGGUGGACCUUUGGAGCUGGUGGACUGUGGACCUUGGUCCCCAAAAGAGUGACUCAAUGGGUCUUAGUCUGACUCAAAGUCUGUCUUCUCUGGGCACAGUGGAAUUUCAGGCCCACCACUGACCAGAGCUCCAAACCAAGCAUCAAGUGGGAGAAGGUUUUUCAUUGGCUGAAGGGCAAAGGGAAGGCACUAUAGCUUCCCAGUGGAUGGGGGUUUUUCCCAGCUUCCAGACUGGGCACAGGAAUUCGCUUCUCCUUUACCCACUGGUGAGGCAUCUUCCUGUGGCCUCCUGAGGCUGAGAACCAGGGCCUACUUAUUAGGACAAAGGGCAGGGUGGACAAGUUGCCUAGGUGUUCAGAGGGAAAUAUUCCUCAUAGAACCAAGAGCUGGGGCAUGGGGAAAAUGGUGAGAUGUUGCUCAGAGGGCACAAACUUUUAGUUUUAAGAUAAAUUCUGGGCUCUAAUGUAUAGUAUGAAGACUAUAGUUAAUAAUACUGUGCAGUAUAUUUGAAAUUUGCUGAUGGUGGAUAUUUUUUGUUUAUUUAUUUAUUUUGAGAGAGAGAGUACAGGGUAAAGCAGAGAGAGAGAGAGAGAGAGAGAGAGAGAGAGAGAGAGAAUCCCAACCAGGCUCCGCACUGUCAGCACAGAGCCUGACGUAAGGCUCAGACUCACAAACUGUGAGAUCAUGACCUGAACUGAAACCAAGAGUCAGAUGCUUAACCAACUGAGCUACCCAGGUGCCCCUUCACCAUUUUAUUUUUUAACGUUUAUUUAUUUUUGAGACAGAGAGAGACAGAGCAUGAAUGGGGGAGGGGCAGAGAGAGAGGGAGACACAGAAUCGGAAGCAGGCUCCAGGCUCUGAGCCACCAGCCCAGAGCCCGACGCGGGGCUCGAACUCACAGACCGUGAGAUCGUGACAUGAGCCGAAGUCGGACGCUUAACCGACUGAGCCACCCAGGCGUCCAUUUUAUUUUUAAGUAAUCUCUACAACCAGCAUGGGGCUUGAACUCACAACCCUGAGAUCAAGAGUUGCACACUCCACUGACUGAGCCAGCCAGGCACCCUAUCUUAGACAUUUUUAAUCAUUAAUAUUAUUUAAACAAAUUAAUUAUUAAGAUUAUUUACACAUCAUCAUUUAGGAGAGGCAACAUCACUUCCCUCAGACAGUUUUCCUGAAUGCCCUCCCCAACCUUGAGGUAGUUUCUGAGGCCCAGCAGCCCUGAGGAACAGAGGCAGCACCCAGGAAGCCCCAGGCCUGGAGGGGUGAAGGGCAGGGAGCCCUGGGGAGCCAGGACAGAGGAAGAAGAUGGGGGGUGGAGGUGAAGGAAGGCCGGCACUGGAGCUAGGCCCAAAGAGACUCCUGGUCCCUCUUCUGCUGGGCUGUCAGAGCGGUGUCCUCCCAGGGUAGAGGGGCGAUGCCCCAGAACCAGGAGCCCACCAUCUGUGUGUGUGUGUGUGUGUGUGUGUGUGUGCACGGGCAUCUGUCAGGGUUCUCAUGGGCACAAGUCAUCCGAACCCAACCUGACUUAAGAAACAACACUAUAAACCAGAAGUCUGGACAUAAAAUGUGCUGAGCUGGUGUCAGGGAGGACAGGGCUUGGGCUCCAGGCCAGCAGCUCUGACCAUGAGCCCCAUGGGGCAGGGGCAUUUGCUGCCUGCAGGAAUGGAACAGGUGCUGGCUCUCUGGCACCCCCUGACUCCCCAGGAGGGCCCUGAGCUCUGUCCCUGAGCUGUGCCGAGCAAAGAGGGUGCCCGGCUUCACCUUAGCACACCCAGCCUCAGUGACCGCGUCCUAAGGACUCAGAGGUAUUUCUUCCACAGCCCACGUCUCCUCUGGAAAUGGGGUCCAGGGGUCAGAAGGUUCUGUUCAUCCGUCUUUCUGAGCGGCUGUGUCUUUGGUGAGAAGAUCAAGGACAAGUUCAUGUAGACAGACUGUCGUUACUGAGGCCCUUCAACCAAAGGACAACACCAACCAGUAUGAGCAAGAUGGGCACCUUCACGAACACCAGAAGGAUGUAGCGGUUCCUGCAAGAGGGGACAGAGCGAUCAGGCCCCAGGCACCCCAGGUGCUGUCACGCUUGCUUCCCUGACACAGUGGGCACUAGCCAGCCCGGCCAAGCCUGUGACCCUACUCUGGCCAAGCCCCGCAGCCCUACUCUGAAGGCUGCCAUGAACCUUAAUGGCCCAACCACAAGGGCAUCUCAGAAGUAACUUCAACUUUUUGGUUUUUCUUUGUUCUGGGUCCACCUUCCUUUCUUUUUUCUUUAUUAAAAUUUUUUUUAACAUUUAUUUUUUGAGAGAGAGACACACAGAGCUAGAGCAGGGAAGGGCAGAGGGAAGAGGGAAACAGAAUGCGAAGCAGGCUCCAAGCUCUGAGCUGUCAGCACACGAACCACGAGAUCACGAUCUGAGCGAAAGUCUGAUGCUUAACUGACUGAGCCACCCAGGUGCCCCAGGGGCUCGUGUUCCUUUCUAAUCGUCCUUUUUGUGGCUCCCCUUUCCCAGAGUGCCUCUUGGCACAGUAGGGUCCCUCACAACAGGCUGUGUGCCUGCUUCUGUGACUUCGCUAUGUAGUGGCACGCACUAGGUCAUCAGGCUUUUUUUGUUGACAACUAAAUGGGCAGAUGAUGUUUAUAGAGAAAAAGAUUCUACAGAGUGGCUUCCCGGGGAGGGCUGGCAUGGGGAGACAGGGGUGAGGAGUGAGAUGGGCAGGAGCAAUGGAGGGGGACACUUUGGGCCUUGACCUUGGCUGUGGUGGCUCUGGCAUCAUGUGAGGGCACAGAAGCAGAGUAGGAGAGGCCCCAAGUAGGGGUGGGUAAGGACGGCAGCCACUCACCUGCUGUAGGAGACAGACGAUACCCCUGCACGGCCAUUGGUGGUUCUCCUGGAUAGCAUGCUCGCCAAGGUGGUCAGAAGUGUUCCCUCUAGACACGGGCAGAGUCAGUCACAAGUUAUGGGCACAGACAGGGCACUCGUGCGCGGCUAGUGCCCUGCUAGCCCUCCCCGGGAGCUGCCCUGCCCCUGCACUGGGCAUUGCGUCUCUGGAUACAGUCCCCAUGCUUCUCCCUUGCUGCUGAGUCUUCAGAAUUGCAGCAUAGUUGCUUUCCAUCACUUUAAAGUGUGACAAGAAGAAAUAAAAACGAAAUAAGAAGAAGCACUGUACUUGCUUGGGGGGAGAGAGAUAAAUCUUUCUACCUUCUCUCCGCUUAUCCCUCUUAGGUGGGACUCUUGGCUGGGGGCAGGUCCCUGGUCUUUUCUCUCAAGUGGGGCCUGAGCUGGGCUCGAGGACAGGUGGUUCCGGAAGUGAGGUGCCCCAGUUAUUUAGGUGGUAAGGAGGAGGAGGACUUUGGAGGACUGGUGAACCAGAGGGCACAUUCUGGUUCAUUCGUGAGCAAUGGUUGUAAUAAGUUAAACAUCUUCAUGAGGCACUAUGAAGACGAUUUAUGGUGGCCUACUUGGUCAUGGAUUCCUGAGUCACCAUGACCUGUUUUUUUAGUUGAGUCCCAGGCCUGAGGAGACCCCAGGACUGCCAGAGGGGUCCCGUGACAUUAGCUUAAUGGUCAAAGCCUUCCUUUUGCCUUAAAGCAUCCACUGUUACACCAGCCCCUUUCUGGGUCCC